AUGAACCAGGGCGAGGAGGAGAAAGCCGCGGAUGUGUCUUCUGCCGUCUCCGAAACGCUCUCCCAGCAGCUCUUUUUGUCUGACUCUUCGGAAAUCGACGAGGAUGUUUUGCUUGAAGAAGUCUUCGGAGCGGCCAGCGGCUCGGCUUCCCUCGGCCCAUCACGCCGCGAUCAGGGGACCUCGCCGAUCAAAGAUCUCGAAAAGACCACGAUUAAUUGCUCCGACGCGGGAUGUGCCAACCAGCGCUCGGUGAUGCUCGAGCAGAUUCGACAGCUUCUACGCGUGGCCCGGCAUGAGACAAACAAAUGGAAGGACGAGAAUGAAACCUUGCGAAACCGCCUCAAUACGCAGCCGCUUUCAAAAUGCCCCAACUGCGCGCUUGCUUUUCGUUCCUCGACUGAAGAUCGGAUCGUUCCAUCUUACAUGAAGUGCCACAAAAGCAGUAUGACCGUUGAAUUGACGUUCGAUUCGCUGACGCAGCUGCACGAGUGGGUCUACUUGCAUGGGCUCGAUGAGGACCGUCAUGGCAUCCCGACGCUGCUCCGCCCCGAACAAUCCAUGACAAUGCUCAGUUUGAGAGAUGUGAAAAGUCUGGUGCCCGAAUUGGCGGUGGAGUUAACGAAGGAGAUGUUUCGGCGCCAGAAGAAGCCCAUACCGCCGAAGCUCAUGUCACUGAUGGACCUUCAUCUCGAAUCGGGACCCGUCGUCUACAUUGACGAAGCGGCAAAAGAACAGCGGCCCGCGUGCACAAAAUUGACAGGGACAGGCAGACCAGCGAAAUGGGAGCGCCCAGAAGAAACGACGGCAAGGCCCUCGACGUCCGAUAUUCGGCCCGACGGGACCAAGCAGCACAACGACCCCGGGCCCAGAAGAACGUCCCCGCGCAAGAAGCCUCCACCACCACCUGAGAAGUCGACGAGCCGGCCAGCCGAACCCGGGUCGCGCCAGAAAAUCGACAAGUCGGAGCCCACGAAAAGUCAUUUGCCAUGUGCACAACGGCUCAAACCUGACAUCACGGCCACGGAUCAGGGGCAACAGCGUAGAAGACUUCACCGCGAAAGAAGCCGCCCACAAAAGAAAUCGCUGCUGUUUCGUCUAGCCGUCUCGUCGCUUCGAAGGCAUCACCGAUCCCAGGGCCAAGAAGCCCGUCCACCAUCAUAUCCAACUCGUCAACAACAGCCAUCAUCCGGUGCCCCAAGCCGGAGUGACCGACAACCGACUGCUACUCGCCCGCCAUUAAGGUCAUCCCCUCGAAAACGUGCAGCCAUCCCGGAACCGUUGCCGCGCGCCGCGUUCGAAGCCUCGAUGCGUGGAAAGAUGGAAACGCUCUUCUCCCCACUUCCGGUGAUUGCUGGCACUUCUGCGGACCAACCCGAGAAAGCUGUCAACCAACGGUGCCAAGACAUCACCCGGAUGCUGGCGGAGAUGACGCGGCACGAGGGGAACAUGCUGUCGCCGAUCGCCCCAGUGAGGACGGCAUCUUCGAGGUCUUCCUCUUCUACAGGGCGACAACCUGAGGAUCAGGCAUCGACAGAAGAAACGAAGCAGGAAGCGCGUGAUUCGAACGGCCCUUCUCGUGCCGACGAGAAGCGCAAGGAGUGCAUGGCAUCGGCUACGGCUGCCGUUGCGGCCUCGACAUCGACCACUACCAUCACGAUGCGCUAUUUCGACGAGGAGAUCCAGCUGGACUAUGCGGUCGAUUCCGAAGUAGACGAAGACCACGAGGCGGAAGAGCCGCUCAGCCCCGCCUCGAGCCCGGACACGCUGCGCAAGCAACUGGAACCCGCUGCCGCACAGGCCAGUCUGGAGGACGGUGAGGUGCCCGAAGACGACACCGAAAAUGUCCCCGCUCGCACCCUGAAGCCUGAACCGUCACCUGCUACUAGCAAUGUCCCAGAGCCCGAACGACCGAUGGAGAGUCGGCGGCCCGCGCGGCGUUCACCGCCACGCCGCACCUUCGAUCAUCGCCCGCCGCGUGAUCGACGUGGUGAUGACGGCGGCAGAGAACGUUUCGAUCCGCGUCGGCGACGUCUCGAC